AUGACAAAUAUUAACAUAUCUAUCUAUCUAUCUAUCUAUCUAUCUAUCUAUCUAUGCACACCACAAAUCACGCUAAAAGCUUGCGUGUUUGAGGGUGUAUAUAUAAUAUCUAUCUAUCUAUCUAUCUAUCUAUCUAUCUAUCUAUCUAUCUAUCUAUCUAUCGAAAGAGAGAGAAAUGAUCUAUCUCAUUCUAUUCAUAUCUAUCUAUCUAUCUAUCUAUCUAUCUAUCUAUCUAAAUCUAUUCAAAUCUACCUAUCUAUCUAUCUAUCUAUCUAUCUAUCUAUCUAUCUAUCUAUCAAUCUGUUCAUACCUAUCUAUCUAUCUAUCUAUUUAUCUCAAUUAUUCAUAUCUAUCUAUCUUAAUUCAUUCAUAUCUAUCUAUGAAGAAAGAGAGAGUAGAAAUAUUAAGCAACUAAUUAUGCAUUGGAUUUUUUUAUCUAUCUAUCUAUCUGUUUGUCUGUCUGUCUAUCUAUCUAUAUAUGUUGGUCCAUUGUUUUAA